AUGGCUAAAGUAGUUCCAGUAGUUCCAGUAGUCACCUCCACCAACUCCAGGUUAACUCUGCCCCAAAUUAUUCUACAAGACAUGGAGGAGGAGCCAGGCCAAGACAGCAACGAGGACGGAGUCCCUCAGAGAGACGAGGCGGGAGUUCUGUUCAACAUCAAUAACAGCAACAACAACGAAGAAGAGGAGGAGAAGAAGAAAAAGAGGAAAGAAAAGAAAGAAAGAAAAGAGAUGAAAGAGAAGAAGAAGCAGGAGAAGAAGGAGAGAAAGGAGAAGAAACAGAAGGAGAAAGAAGAGAAAGAGAAGGAGAAGAAGGCAGCAGAGGAGGUGCCUAAGGAGAUCACUGUGAUCGACCCGGCUGGUAACACCUACUACCAUUGGCUGUUCGUCAUCACCAUCCCUGUCAUGUACAACUGGACCCUCAUAAUAGCCAGGGCCUGUUUCGAGGAGCUACAGACAGACUAUUUGGUACUCUGGUUCAUCGUGGAUUUUGUCUCUGACCUCAUCUACAUUGCUGACAUGAUCUUCAGAACGAGGACCGGCUACCUGGAGCAGGGCCUGCUGGUGAAGGAUGAGCUGAAGCUGCGUGAGCGAUACAUGCAAAGUUUCCAGUUCAAACUUGACCUGGUUUCCAUGAUCCCUACAGACAUGCUGUACCUGUUCCUGGGCCUCACGUACCCUGAGAUCCGGCUCAACAAGCUCCUUCGGUUUAACAGGAUGCAGGAGUUUUUCCAGAGGACUGAGACCAGGACCAACUACCCCAAUGCCCUCCGUAUCUCCAACCUGGUCAUGUACAUUGUCAUCAUCAUCCACUGGAACGCCUGCCUCUACUAUUCCUUCUCUAAAGCCAUCGGUUUUGGCGCAGACAGGUUCGUUUAUCCUGACCCUGCAGAUCCAGAGUUUGGUCGUCUGGUGAGGAAGUAUGCCUACAGCAUGUACUGGUCCACACUGACACUCACCACCAUCGGAGAAACUCCACCGCCAGUGGAGAACUCCGAGUACUUCUUUGUGGUCACUGACUUCCUGGUGGGCGUGUUGAUCUUCGCCACCAUCGUUGGUAACGUGGGUUCAAUGAUCACCAACAUGAACGCCGCCAGGGCCGACUUCCAGGCUCGCAUUGAUGCCAUCAAACAGUACAUGAGCUUCAGAAAGGUGACAAAGGACCUGGAGAAGCGAGUGAUCAAGUGGUUUGACUUUCUAUGGACCAAUAAGAAGGCUGUGGAUGAAAGGGAGGUGCUAAAGUACCUGCCUGACAAGCUGAGGGCCGAGAUCGCCAUCAACGUUCACCUGGACACGCUAAAGAAGGUUCGUAUCUUUGCUGACUGCGAGGCCGGCCUGCUGGUGGAGCUGGUGCUGAAGCUGCAGCCUCAGGUGUACAGUCCAGGUGACUACAUCUGUAAGAAGGGUGACAUCGGCAGAGAGAUGUACAUCAUCAAGGAGGGGAAACUGGCUGUGGUUGCUGACGAUGGAAUCAAGCAGUUUGUCGUUCUGAGUGAUGGGAGUUACUUUGGAGAAAUUAGCAUCCUGGCUAUCAAAGGCAGUAAGGCAGGAAACAGGAGGACGGCCAACAUCAGGAGCAUCGGCUACUCUGACCUCUUCUGUCUCUCCAAAGACGACCUGAUGGAGGCGCUAACAGAGUACCCUGAUGCUAAAGCUUUGCUGGAGGAGAAAGGGAGGCAGAUUCUGAUGAAGGACGGUCUUCUGGACCUGGAGGUGGCAGCACAGGGCCCCGACCCCAAAGAGAUGGAGGAGAAAGUGGAGCGGAUGACCAGCACGCUGGACGCCCUGCAGACCCGUUACGCCCGGCUGCUGGCUGAACACGAGGCCACUCACAGCAAAUUAAAACACAGAGUGGUCCGGCUGGAGAAGAAGCUGGUACCGUAGAGUGAAGCUCCGCCCCCC